UCUAAUUUAUUCGCUCUGCGCUGUGCGAAGAAUAACCUCGAGCAAAAUAGAUACCCACAAUCGAGUAUAUCCAGUUACUUCUUAGCUCGUGGUUUAUUGGUUAUACGUGAGUCGUGAAGUCGAAGUAUGAACUGUUAAAAGAGCGCCGAUACCGCUCGUGAUGUCAUUCUUGGUGCCGCCUGAGGUACGCGAGAAUUCCUUGAUAGAGAUACGUAUCAACGGGAUAUCUGGUAAAGUCACAGAUUCCAUGGUUCUGAUGUUUGUAUCGGUGCGUCGCUGAUCAUCGCCUAAAUAACAGGCAAUAAAUAUAUUAUAAAUAUAUUCUCAACAUGUUUUUUCAUAUUAAGAGCACUACGACUACGAAACGUGGACAAAAUUUAACGCAGAGAAUAUAGUUACAUGUCUUUGGUUUAGCCUGUAAAAUUUGUGAUUCAUAAAAUGUAUAUUUUAAUUGUUAGGUACUCGAAAUCUUGAGAGUGCUCAUGCGGACAAUUUGCACGUGAAUUGAUAUGGCAAUAGCAUAGUGUGGUCUAGGAAAACAUUUGUAACUGCAACAAGUAUUAAUUGCGAUUUUAACAAGCACCAUGGAGUGGUUAUUCGGCAAACGUAUCACUCCUGAAGAAAUGCUCAGGAAGAAUCAAAGGGCAUUGAACAAAGCGAUGCGGGAUUUGGACAGAGAAAAAAUGAGAAUGGAACAACAAGAGAAGAAAAUUAUAGCGGAUAUAAAGAAACUUGCAAAAGAUGGACAAAUGGACGCUGUGAAAAUUAUGGCUAAAGAUUUGGUCAGGACAAGGCGUUAUGUGAAGAAGUUUAUGUUGAUGAAAGCAAAUAUUCAAGCAGUGUCACUAAAAAUACAAACCCUACGUUCCCAAAACACGAUGGCACAAGCCAUGAAAGGAGUGACCAAAGCGAUGCAAAAUAUGAAUAAACAACUAAAUUUACCUCAAAUACAGAAAAUAUUACAAGAAUUUGAAAAGCAAUCAGAGAUAAUGGAUAUGAAGGAAGAAAUUAUGAACGAUGCAAUAGAUGAUGCAAUGGAAGAUGAGGGAGAUGAAGAAGAAAGUGACGCUGUAGUUGCACAGGUGUUGGAUGAGCUGGGUCUACAGUUGACGGGUCAACUUUCUGGACUACCGCAAGCAUCUGGAUCGCUAAGUGUAGCCGGUUCUAAGCAACCGGUCGCCGCUGCAGCGGGUAACGAAGAAGGAGCAGGCAAUCUUGCGGACGCUGAUGCGGAUCUACAAGCUAGAUUGGAAAAUCUGCGACGCGAAUAAAUCAAGAUUUUAAAUAUUAUUAAUUAGAUAAUGUAUAAAAAGUGUAAAAAGAAUUGGCUUUAUAGUGAUGAGAACAGUUUCAAAGCGGUGCGUUCCUGCUUUUAAAUAUAUAUACAAUUAAAUGUAUAUGAAUUUUUAAAAAGAAUUGUUUGCAUACAAUUUUCUUGAAUGAUUAGUCUUCGUAUUUUUUACGCACGUUGAAUUUUAUAACUGCUUCUAUACAGAACAUUCUCUGUAAAUGCCUAAGUUCAUAAUAUU